UAAAUGAUGAAAAAGUACAAUAGAAAGUGUGAAUCGUAUUGAAGCAACAGGUGCUUGGAGCAAGUAUUAAGUUGCGCAAAGGUGUUUUCCACAUUCCAAAACAGUGCGCUGUUUAAAGUUUCUAAAAAAUGGCACGAUAUUUCAAGGAGCAAGAUAUUGAUGAAUUCCGUGAAUGCUUUUAUCUAUUUGCUCGUUCGGGACACAUCACUACGCUCGACGAGCUAACGGUAAUUAUGCGCUCGCUAGGUCUGUCUCCUACUAUACAAGAGCUUACGCAGUAUCUGAAGAAGAAAAAUGGUCGCAUGAGUUUUGCCGACUUUUUGGAAGUGAUGCAUCAACAUUCGCGCGUCGAAAAUCUUCCAGAUGAAGUUAUUCAAGCUUUUAAGGCUGGUGAUAAAGCAGGUCGCGGAACGAUUCCAGCACGACAACUGCGGCAUUUACUGCAGAAUUGGGGUGAACGUCUUUCAUACCGUGAGGUGGAUAACAUCUUUCGUGAAGCGAAUGUAUCGAGUGGUGGCCACGUCCGUUAUAGCGAUUUUGUGCGCGUAGCUUGUGCUCCUGUACCGGACUAUUACUGAAUUGGUAAAUCAGAUGCGAAGGUUUGAUGGGUUAUCGUUACUCCCAUCGAUAACCAUAAAUUUAUUAAUUCACCAUAAAUUAUUCUUUUCUGGUGCAAAGAUCGCUUUGGGCCAUACCUUAGAGCUAGACGGCUUAGAAGACCUUCUCCUUUACGUAUGUGGACCCUAGUUGGGUGGAAUGGAAAGGUGAAUUUGUGCUAGGGUGCUCUUGAGUCGUAUUUUUUCUGAACAAGCAAGGUUAUUUCAAAUUUCUACACAUACAUAGUAUUGCCCUUUUAUUGGCAGCAUUGCACAAUGUUUUCUUUAUUUAUUAUUUUUUAUUACUAGUGAUGUGUUCUUUUGGUAGAAAAUACAAGAUUAAAAAUCUA